AUGGUUAAUAAAACUUUAAAACAAAUUUACUUACUUUUAUUUGUUAUACAAGCCGUUGUAAAUGCUCAAAAUAUUUCAAAUGAAGAUGAAAUAGUUGAUAAUGAUGACAUGGAAAAUCCUGAAGAAACUGGACCUUAUUUGGAAGGUGAUAUUAAUGGCCAAGCAGAAGAAUUUCGUAAUAUUUUGCGUAAUGGUAUAGUGUCUGCUAACUUUAGAUGGCCUCAAGCUGUAAUACCAUACGAAAUUGAAGGAACUUUCAGUACAAACGAACUCACCAUUAUAUCGCAUGCAUUUAACGAGUAUCAUACCAAGACUUGUGUACGUUUUCGUAAACGUACCAAUGAAAUGGAUUACAUUGUGCUUACCAAUAAGCCAACUGGUUGCUGGGCUAGUUUGGGCCGCAUGGGCGGUCGCCAAGAAGUUAAUCUGCAAUCGCGCAAAUGUUUCGCCAACUAUGGCACCAGCAUGCACGAACUAAUGCAUGCCUUGGGUUUCUAUCACGAACAAAAUCGUUUUGAACGUGAUUCGUAUGUCAAGGUUAUAUCGGAGAAUAUAAAACCUAAUAUGCUGGUGAAUUUCGGUAAAUUACCUCAUGCCGCUGCUACGGGUUAUGGAGUGGCUUAUGAUUAUGCCAGUGUUAUGCAUUAUAAAGCUACCAGUUUCUCUAAGAAUGGCAAACCAACGUUGGAAGCUUUGCAAGCCACACCGGAAGCAUUGAAAAUGGGCCAACGUUAUGGUUUCUCUAAGGGUGAUAUACUCAAAAUUAAAGCCAUGUAUCGAUGUCAAUGA